AUGGCAGACGUGUCCAGCAACGUGCUGAAAAGGCCUCACCCGGAGGACGAAGAGGUGAAUGCGCAGAAAAGAUCACGGUCCAACAAUGGCUCUCCCAUGCCUGGCAGCAAUGGCCCGGCCCCGGGCAAGGUCGACAUCGACAAGAUGGUGGCUGAGGCGCGGGCAAAAGCAGAGGCGGUUCGAGCCCGACUGCAGGCCGCGAGGGGAGGGACUCCCGGGGUAAGCUCAUCUGGACCUUCUCCUAGUCCAGCACCCGCUUCAGCCAGUUCGUCCAUGUCCAGAUUGGAGCAGAUGAAGGCAAGAGUGGCAGCGGCGACAGGGAAAGUGAACGCAGCUGCUCAGCAACGGGCGUCCGCCCCGGCUCCUACCUACAAGCCCCCGGCCUACGAUGAUGAGGGGCUGUCGAAGGCACGAGGUGGCUUGGAUAUAGGACUUCAUCCUGCUCUCCUAUCGGACACGAUUGAUGUGAGAGGCACAAAGGGUCGUCAGGCGGUGCCAUCCAAGGCAAAUCGCCAGGAGUCACCCGUCCCGGCUCCUAAAGAGAAACCAGGACUGGAUUUAUCGGGUCCUUCCUUGGAGGAAAUGAAGAACAACCCAUAUUUCGACCCGAACCUUGGCACGAAAGAAAUAGCGAAACCUCGCCAUUCGCGGCAACUUAUCUUCAACCAGAAGGGGAAGUACAUACAGCAAGCUGCGGCUUUGCGACGUCAGGCCCAACUGGAAGAAAUGAAGAAGCGGAUCGCGGAAAGGGCACGUCAAGCUGGUAUCGACGAGGACUUGGACGUCGAAAAGGCUUUCAUGGUUCCUGCUCCACCUGCCAUUGAGUGGUGGGACGAGGGUUUAGUUAACGGGAACGAUUACUCUGCUAUUGACGACCCCAAUAAUCUGAAGAUCGACACGCCUGAUUCCAUAAUUACUAUCUACAUCCAGCAUCCCGUUCUUCUAGACCCUCCUCAAGACAAACUUAUUCCGCCACAGAAGCCAAUGUAUUUGACAGCAAAGGAACAAGCGAAACUUCGCCGGCAGCGACGAAUGGCGGAUCUGAAGGAGCAGCAAGCGAAAAUCAGACUGGGACUCGAACCCGCGCCUCCGCCAAAGGUCAAGAAAUCCAACAUGAUGCGGGUUCUCGGCGAGGAGGCUGUUAAAGAUCCCACCGCUGUGGAAGCUCGUGUUAACCGAGAAAUCGAAGAGCGUCUAAGGAAACACCAGGAAGCCAACGAGGCGCGGAAAUUAACCAAGGAGCAACGGCGUGAGAAACUCGCGAGUCAGCAGGAGAAAGAUGCUGAAAGGGGUAUCUACAUGUGUGUGUUCCGGAUCGACAGCCUAGCAAAUGGACGUCAUCGUUUCAAAAUCAGCAAAAAUGCUGAGCAAAUGGCGCUCACCGGUUUGUGUGUGAUGCAUCCAAAGCUGAAUCUAGUGGUUGUUGAGGGAGGUGCCCACUCGAUCAAUCAAUAUAAGAAGCUCAUGCUGAAUCGUAUCGAUUGGACGGAGAACGCCGGCCCGAGCCCGGCGCAAGCAAACAAUCGUGAACCAUUAGCAUCAUGGUUGUCCGCGGAGGAUGAGAAGGGUGAAUUGAAAGAUCUUGGAUCGAAUACCUGUACUUUAAUAUUCGAGGGUCAAGAGAAAGCGAGAGCUUUCAGGAAGUGGCUGGGAGCCCGGGUUUGCGAGACAGAUUCGGCCGCUAAGGACGCUUUGGCACGAGGCAAGAUGGAAAACUUCUGGACCUUGGCGAAGAGCUGGAAACCGAGCGGUGCCUAA